CCUUCCACAGACACUUGUCAGUUCGUCUGAUACUCUUUCUGCAGCUUCCACGCUUUCCUCUCAUGCAUUCACAGCAACCAGCCUGCCAGCCAGCUCCGUGCCCCUCCAUAGGCCGGACCUGCACCAUCCCGGUCUAAAAGUUCCCCAUAUAACGGGCCAAAACGUCCAGUCCUCCAUGAAACCGAAGUCCGAGUGAGCCGAGGGGCGCCGCCAUGAACGACCGGUACCACCGGGCGGCCCGGGACGGCUACCUGGACGUGCUGAAGGAGGCCACACGGAAGGAGCUGAACGCACCGGAUGAGGAUGGGAUGACACCGACCUUAUGGGCCGCUUACCACGGCAACCUUGAGGCUCUCCGGCUCAUCGUGGGGAGAGGAGGAGACCCGGACAAGUGUGACAUCUGGGGGAACACGCCGCUUCACCUGGCAGCUGCCAACGGCCACCAGAACUGCCUGUCCUUCCUGGUGGCUUUCGGUGCCAACGUGUGGUGUCUGGACAAUGAUUACCACACACCACUGGACAUGGCCGCAACCAAGAGCCACAUGGACUGUGUCCGCUACCUGGACUCCAUUGCUGCCAAGCAGAUCACUCUCAACCCGAAACUGGUCAGCAAACUGAAGGACCGUGCAUUUCGCACUGCAGAGCGCCGGAUCAAAGAGUGCGCGAAGCUCCAGAGGAAGCACCAUGAACGCAUGGAGAGGAAGUUCAUGAAGGAGUCUGCGGCUUUAGACAACCUGGAUGCUAUUAGCUUUUGCAGCUACACCAGCAGCAGCACACUGAGCCGCAAGUUUAACACUGCCACCUCCAACAUGCCAUAUAUGCAGGCCACACUGCACUCCACAGCCAAGGGAAAGGCCAAGAUACAGAAGAAGCUGGAGAAGAAGAAGCAGGGUGAUGGAACAUUCAAGAUCUAUGAAGAUGGCAGGAAAAGUGUGCGCUCGCUCUCUGGCCUACAGCUCGGCAAUGAUGUCAUGUUCCUCAAACAGGGCACCUACGCCAACGCCAAAGAGAGGUCACGCCUCAACAUACGUGACAUGUUCCCUAGAGGAGAUGACGAUGACACCACCAGUGUCCUCCGUGCCAUGAGUGACCCGGGCCUCCAUGAGGCUGCGUAUUCAGAGAUCAGCGCAGACUCUGGUCGUGACUCCCUGUUCACUCGUCCUGGGCUCGGCACCAUGGUGUUCAGGAGGAACUAUAUGAGCGGAGACAUGUUUGGGAUCCGGGCACAGGAUGAAGGGAGCGUAGUAGGGAGUGAGCCUGCGGGCCGGGCACCUAAUGUUCGUCUACGUGGACAUCUUCCUCUGCGGUCGCCCAGCCUUGAUGAGGUCAGCAUUGGCAGCGCUUUGAGUCUGCAAGAAAGAAACCAACAGGAGUUGCCCUGGGAGGAGACUGAUAUUGAGCUGGAUGAGGACCUGGAGCCCGAGAACAAUCCUCUAGAGACCUUUCUGGCCUCUCAGAGCCUCAGUGAGUUUUUGCCAAUCUUCAGAAAGGAGAAGAUUGACCUUGAUGCUCUGCUCCUUUGUUCAGACCAGGACCUCGCCAGCAUUCACAUCCCUUUGGGCCCCCGGAGGAAACUGCUAGAGGCUUGCAAGAGACGUCUGAACACCCUAGAUGACCCAGAGGCCAUUGAAGACACUGAACUUUGAAGGUCAGUACGGAGUAAUCCAUAUUUAAAAAGGAACCGCCACUCCAUUUCUACCAGAACAACUCCUGUUGUCACACAUAAGUGUUGGGAUGGUGUUUACUGGUGGUGAUGGGCAUCACAGAAAUGUGAGGACAUGAAUGAAAUCUUCAGUGUGUUUCUAAUUUACUGCUAUGACAUUAUACUUUUGCUUUACUAUUUCUACCAGGCUAGCUAUAUCGAGCAGGAUUGUUUUGUUCCCACAUUGGAGUUAUAAGACAUUUGCAUGUGGGAGGAGGUCCCUUCAUGAUUUGUCCUGGAUUUUAUUCACGGGAUUAGCCAAAAGCAGACAGUUAGUUCAGAUCAGUUACUACUGAGAGAAGUUUUGUGAUGGGGAGUGAUUUUACACAGCGGUGAUGCUGUGAUCUUUUCUAGCUCAACCAGCAGUGGCACGCUGAGCGACUAGUACAAUGUGGUUGCUCUUUGACUCUGUGGUAAUGUUGAAAUAUCCUGUAGAUCCAGCCACAUUUGUUAUCAGCUACUGUAGCACACCUUAAAUCACACAAUUAACCUCCAUUCACUGAUUUUCUUUAGAAACAUUUUUUUAUCCCUACUGGUUUUACUGGUAUCUUUCAUAUUGUGACUGGUAUGACCAUGUAACAGGUAUUAAAUUGUAUUAUUUGUGGUAUUUAAAAUGCCUUAAAUAUAACACAAACCUGCAGAGAUGCUGUAGUAUUAUUAGCUGCUUUAGUAACAGGAAGUAUUGCCCUAGGUGUCAGAAAUUCUGCCCUGAGAAGACCUGCAUAUCCUGCUGCAUGUAACGCUGACCACGUUUUACUGGCUCAUGGCGCCACCUAGUGGUGAGUUAGUUCUGGAGCCAGGGGCCCACAGUAUAUCAUUACAUAUUUCUAUCAGAAUACAGUCAAAAUGUUUUGUCUGUUUAUUUUCAACUUAACACACAGUAAAGAAGUGUUUGGCUGGUUCAAUGGAAUCUCACAGAAACUUGGAAAAUAAGUGAAAACAUGUUUUACUGGAACGUUUUGCCACAAAUAGAAACACAUGGACACAGUCUGUAUUGUGUUUGUUUUGAUUAUCUUCAGUAAAACUGCUGGUUCUUG